AGGUCGUUCCUAUUCAUCUUGCCUAUGCCUCUUUGGCGCCGCCAUUCUGCUGGGACUGGCCGGCUUUCAACUGUUGGAUUUUCCACUUGCGUUGGCAGAGCCGAGGCCGAAGAUUGCGUCGGCCAACGUGGCGGCCUUGCUUCAGCCAAGUGAGGCAGAGGUCGUGGUGACAGGACCCCCUAUGCCUGCUCCCGCACCGCCGGUGGUGUCGGUGCCGGCGGUGCCGCCGGCAGCACCAGUGCCAGCGGCCACGGCAGCCCCAGUGCUGGCGCCGGCGCCUGGCAGCGAUGGGGAUCCGGAGAUCAUUUGGUACAGCCUGGCUCCACGAGAGCCUAAGACGGCAGACAUCGACCUGGUCAUAGCUGCCUUUUCUGAAGACCUCAGUUGGAUCGAUGAGAUGAUGGCCCCUGUGGCCUCCAGCUAUGCCCUGCGACUGUAUUGCAAAGGCGAUCGGUUGCAGGAUCCUCGGUGUUUGCGGAUCCACAACUUUGGUGGAGAGGAAUAUGCGUACCUGACGCACAUCACCCACUUCUACGAUGACCUGGCACCCAUCACCAUUUUUACCCUGGGAUCCAUCUACGACCACGGCUGGCACUGGUUGAAGUGUCGUAAGCUGAACUUCGUCCUGAGCUACCUGGAUAGCCCGGAGAAGCGUCAGAGCUUCUCGGGUUUUGCCACCAUGGCGCACCAGAAGCCUGACAGUUUCAUGGAGUUUGAAGGAUACUUCAAACUCGAUCGCUACCGCAACCACGCUGGUGGCACUGUCACGGACUCCUGUAGGGCCAGCGUGAGGCCCUUGGAGAAGUGGUUUGAAACCUUCAUUUACAACGUGUCCUUGAAGAAAGCUCGGCACACGGGUGUCUUGUACAAUCCCAUCUUCGCGGUGUCGCGAGAACGGAUCCGGCAAUAUCCCAAGUCGAUGUACGAACGGCUGCUGCGUGAGAUUUUGCGAUGCACUUCCAAAGCACAUGAAGGCGUUGCAGAAGCAGGGCAUUACCUGGAAAGAGCGUGGAAACCCAUGUUUGAGCGCCUCGGUAAAGUGAUGGAGUGGUGUUGGGACCUUGGGACCGCUGGUAGGAGUGACAUGCCCGAUGCGAUCAAGUGCUCUGGGCACUUCGGGCAAAAGAAAGGGGAUGAGGUGUGCUGCAACCAGUCCACACCCUCCAAGCCAGUGCGGAUCGAACUGCCAUGGACCAUUUGCGCCCUGGCAAUCGAGGUCGUGAGGGCCGGCCCCUUUGCUCGGGGAUGGUGGAUGGCUCAGGUGGACCUUUGUCCUGAAAGCAUCCGCAAAUCUGCGAGUGCCUUGGGAGAAUUUCUGGGGUUCGCUGCGCAAAAAAAAGCGUGCGCCGAUGUUCAAGAGGUUCUGGUGUGGUUUGACCGGAGGAUGGUCCUGAACUUCUCUGUGGCGGUGACACAAGACAUUUUCCGCAAGGGGCAAUUUCUAUGGCGACAGCGGAUUGCCAAGGAACGAGCACACUUCAGCCCCAACAAGCGAGAGAACUUCUCGGUGCGAAGUGCUCUGAGGGUCUUGGAUGUGCCAUCAAAGUUCAAACCUGGACACAUCGAUCCGCACGCGAAGGGACAGGUUCAAGGCCUCGAUGCUGCCACGGAGCGCUCCUUGCGCGCCGAUGUGGCAGCAAAAUUGAGGGCCCCCAAUGAACAACUGAUGUGGCCUGAGACAGAGCAGCAUCAGGUGGGAUGGCAUGCCAAAGCCAGUGGUCCAGGUGGCCUUCCCUACGAGGAGCGCGGCACGAUGUUCGGCCUGGCGCCACGGCUGGGCCUCGGCUGGCGCGGCGAGAAGACGGCCGGGGACCAC